GACAACUCUGAUCUUACCUUGUAAAAGAUGCUGCCCUCAUUUAUGUGAACCAUUGUUGCACACUGCAAAUCCCAAGAACCAUCCACUUUCAUUCGAUGAAACACUGCACAAAUGGCAUAUCUGGUUGCACCAUACACCCAUGCAAAUUAAACUCUCUCUCUCUCACUGUAAUAUACUUCUACCUAUAUACACUGUAUACAGACUCAUACUAAUAACAACAUUUUUUGUUGAAAGGAAACUUUAGUUUGGUGGGUUUCGGAAAAAAUGGAGAUAGAGAGGGUUGGCAGUUCUUCAGUUUGGAGGAAGAGUAGUUUUGAUAACAAAGAAGAAGAUGAUGAAGAAGCUCUUAAAUGGGAUGCUAUUCAAAAGCUUCCCUCAAUCGCGCGACUGAGGAAAGGUUUGCUGGCCACCCCGGACGGGGUGACCAGCCAAGUCGAUGUGAAGAAACUUGGAGUGCAAGAAAGGAGGUAUUUGCUUGAAAGGCUUGUGAAGAUUGCUGAAGAGGACAAUGAGAAGUUCUUGUUGAAGCUUAGGAAUCGUAUUGAUAGGGUUAAAGUUCAAAUCCCUACAAUUGAAGUUCGGUUUGAGAACUUGAAGGUGAAAGCAGAAGUUCAAGUAGCAAGCAGAGCUUUACCAACCUUCACCAACUUCAUUUUUAAUAUAGUGGAAGGACUGUUAAACUCAUUUCAUAUGCUUGGCAAAAGGCAACGAAUAAAUAUUCUUCAGGAUGUUAGUGGUAUAAUAAAGCCUGCCAGGUAA